CGACAAUGUGAUGACCGUUUCCCGAUCGGACUCCCGAGGUUCCAUCCUGAGCCUCGAGUCUCAACUUCAACUUCUUGUCUCGCUGUAGCGCUGUCGAACCGCGAUCACCGAUUCUCACCCUCCUUCUUCGUUGCAACCCGACUCUCCCCUCCUAGAUUAUCACAAUGGCUUCAAUUGCGCGCCAGUCGCCCCUCCUCCGGCAGUCCUGCCUGUCGGCCUUCCGCGCCCCUUGGGCCUCCAAGAAUGCCGCCGGCGUGUCGCAGGUCGUGGCCUUCCAUGCCUCUGCCAACAAGCAGAUUCUGCCUCCUCUGCCUCAGUCCAUCCAGGGAACCAUGAACGACCCUGCUCCCAUUCCUCACUCCCACCCCGUCCACGGUAGCUACCACUGGACCUUUGAAAGACUCGUCUCCGCUUCCCUCGUCCCUCUCUGCAUUGCUCCCUUCGCCGCCGGCUCUGUGAGCCCCGUCAUGGACGCUGUCAUCUGCUCCGCUAUUGUCGUUCACUCUCACAUCGGUUUCGACGCCUCUAUCACUGAUUACUUCCCUGUCCGCCGUGUGCCCAAGACUGCCGCAUUCAUGAAGUGGUUGCUGCGUGCCUUCACGCUCGGCACAGCCGUUGGUCUGUACGAGUUUGAGACGAACGAUGUUGGUGUGACGGAGGCUAUCCGCAGGGUGUGGAAGGCAUAAAUUCGGGGUGGUGUUCUUGUUUGAUGUUUGUUUUGUUGAAGGCGUUUUGCCUAUGUAUAUGCUGUCUUCUUUUUCCUCUGGUAGAUGCCAGUACUGAAAUCUUUACUACCCUGGAGCAUAAAAUGAGUGUAUUGUGUAUGUCAUUG